GCACCAGUGAAGCACCUUCUACAUCUUGUUUAUCCACUAUUCAGCACCGUGUAGAUGUACAACGAGACGAACCAUCAGCAAAGCAACACUUUAUACGCAUCGAUCAUGCUUCUGCUCCGGUUGGUGUGGACGAGCCCAGAAAUGAAGGCUUUUCCUCGCGAACGAGCUCAACUUCAUCAUCGACUCCUCUCAAAAACCUGUUAAUGCACGACCGGAGGGAGACGGAGGCCAACUUGGAGGGCACAGAGAUAAAGCAUCAGCUUCGAGAGGAGCAAGGUAAGAAAACUUCUAGACGACGGAGACGGCGUCAUAAUUUUGAGGAGGACUGCUCCUCCGACGCCGACACUUCAGAUGACCAGGACGACGUUCUGGAGGGCCAGGAUGAUGCUCUCGAAAAUGAUGCAGACGGAACAGAGGAAAGGGAUGCUGACGUACACCAGGGAUACGAGGAAGUGGAAGCUAGUAUAGUUUCACCCGGUGCCGUAGUUUCACAAGAUGCUCCACUUUCCUCAGGUGCUCCAAUUUCCUCAGGUGCUCCAAUUUCACGACCAGAAGAAGAUGCUCCUCCUGCUAAUUAUCUAGUCUCAUCUAUUUGUUCAUAUCGUGACGAAGAUGAAGACCCCGAAUCAGAAGUAGAUGCUGAUCGGGUAGUCUCAUCAGGAGACGAAGAAGACCAUGGCUCAGAAGACUUCGAGUCACAAGAUCAGGUUAAUAAUUGGUCUGAGCUGUUUGAUGACAAUCCCAUUUGGCAUGAGCCCUUCCCUUCCGGAACGGGGAUGCGACUAGCGUACACCUGCAAGAGACCCGAUGAUGGGACUGAGGAGGUGGGACCUCCUUGUUCCGACGAAGACGAGGACAGCACAACUUCAGGCCACGACCUUGAUGAUGGGACCACGACAUGGACGCAAAAUGAUUUUCGGUCGUCCCGAAACGUGCAAAGAGUCAAGCUGCCGUAUCUACGGAUUCGGUUUUGUACAGAGACUGGGCGCCAUCUGUCCUGGGAGCCUGUCGCAUCUGGGACGAUCAACAGGGCAUCAUCCCCAGAAGCUGACUUUUGCCGCAAAAAGAUGGAGAAGAGCAACAAGAGCCUUGAUGAUGACGCGCAUGAAGCUUCGACGACAAGUUCGUUUGAGGAGACGUUGGACCAAGUACUAGAUGAGAAUUCUUCCAGUAGCACCGCUUUUGCUGUCAGUGGUAAACUGAAGGAUCGCUCACAAGAAGCAGAAGACGGCUUAGUCUGGGAGAUUCUGGGCAACAUCCGCGAUACGCGACUCGCAAAGGCAAUGCUGUCUGAGCAGCAAAAGGAACUGGUGCGUAAUAAAGGUUCACUCCUAGAAGAGCAAGGUGGCGUCCAGAAAAAGCGCGACAUCCAGAGACCGCUGGAGCUGGCUCAGCGACAUCUCUCGCGAAUUCGGCCCUUUCAAGUGCGCUCCGGACUUUUCCCCCCAGAGGAAUGCUGCGGCUGUCGCAUGUGCUGGAAAGAUGAGGCCAGUGUAAAACGCUUCGAGGAAUUCUAUCUCGAUGAAUAUUACUAUCAAUGAACAGCGAACCAGAACGCGAGACGACAAAGCCUAGUACUGGAGUGCUGGCAGUCUCAACAUCUGCCUCGCUUUACACGACUCUCGUCCACGAUGGUAGGGCUAUCAUACCAGCGCUAGCUUCCUGCGUAGUGCAGCUCUCAUGGAUAGUGGAACUUCUAUCGGAUUUUUUCCGUGCCUCCUACACUUCUGGCUCUAAAUCAAUCACUGCGGUCGUAGCAUUGUGAGGACUAUCCAAUUAUCCCCUCAUUCUAAGAAAGUUGUAUUGAAAUAUUCACAGCUCGUCAUGACUCAUGAGUUUUUUCCCGUCGAUCCCCGUCUAUGACGAACUUUGAUUCUACAACAGAUAAGAACGUAGAUAUUUCUUAUAUUGUUUCACUCGGCUGUGGGUGAUGUGCGUCAACGACUACAACUGCUACACCUACGAUUGACUCGACGCACUGGAAUAGAUUCGACACGAACAACACAGACAUCCUCCAAGACCCCUCGAACAAAAAGGAAAUGGAAACAUGAUCUAAGACACCUCACCACACCAGCGACUCUAAACCCUUUAUAAAUCCCUCACCAGCGACACUUCUAAGCCCUUGCUAAUCCUAAUAUGGUCCCUCACUCAAAACUUGUAUGCCGACGCCUCUAUGAGGUAAUUCAUGACUUAGACCUUCCCUUCUAGUUCUACGCAGAUGCCUCUUCUCCGUCUUCCGACAACCUCUACGUCUUCGAUGACUCAUUU